GGCGCGCCCACCCCGGGGGCGGCCGGUGUCCAGUCCGCUCGCGCACGCGGCGCCGCAGGCCUCCGAGCCUCGGUCGGUCGGUCCGGGGCACCCACUGCCGAGGCCUUUGGCCUGCGGGCCGGGAGGUCGAGCCUGCCACCUGGGAGCCACCUGGGAGCCACCUGGGAACGGCAGCGGGGCAAAGUGCGGCCUGGGAGGGCCCGCGGGCGCGCGGAGCAGCCACCCCAGCAAACGGGCGUCUCGCCCGCUGCUCCCGGCCUCAGCGCGGCCAUUGUGCUCGGCCGCCCCGGCCUCAAGGCCCGCUGGGCGUAGCGGCAGCGCCGGCAGCGCCCCACAGCGACAGCCCACCCCUUCGGGCGACGUGUUUCAUGUGGUGAAACAAACAGGGUAAAAAGACUUGGUUUCUCUCCGAACGCGGCGGCGGAGCUUUCUAAAACGAACUUUUCCAACAACAAUGAUUUCCGUGCUCUUCUGCAGUCUCUGUAUGCUACUUUUAAGGAGUUCAAAAUGCAUGAGCAGAUCGAAAACGAAUACAUUAUUGGUUUGCUUCAACAACGCAGCCAGACCAUUUAUAAUGUACAUUCUGACAAUAAACUCUCUGAGAUGCUUAGCCUCUUUGAAAAGGGACUGAAGAAUGUUAAGAAUGAAUGUGAGCAGUUAAAUUAUGCAAAACAGUUGAAAGAGAGAUUGGAGGCUUUUACAAGAGAUUUUCUUCCUCACAUGAAAGAGGAAGAGGAGGUUUUUCAGCCAAUGUUAAUGGAAUAUUUUACCUAUGAAGAGCUUAAGGAUAUUAAGAAGAAAGUGAUUGCACAACACUGCUCUCAGAAGGACACUGCGGAACUCCUUAGAGGUCUUAGCCUGUGGAAUCAAGCUGAGGAGCGACAGAAGUUUUUUAAAUAUUCUGUGGAUGAAAAGUCAGAUAAAGAAGCGGAAGUGUCAGAACAGUCCACAGGUAUAACCCAUCUUCCUCCUGAGGUAAUGCUGUCAAUUUUCAGUUAUCUUAAUCCUCAAGAAUUAUGUCGAUGCAGUCAAGUAAGCACUAAAUGGUCUCAGCUCGCAAAAACUGGAUCGCUUUGGAAACAUCUUUACCCUGUUCAUUGGGCUAGAGGUGACUGGUAUAGUGGUCCAGCAACUGAACUUGACACUGAACCUGAUGAGGAAUGGGUGAAAAACAGAAAAGAUGAAAGUCGUGCUUUUCAGGAGUGGGAUGAAGAUGCUGAUAUAGAUGAAUCUGAAGAGUCUGCAGAGGAGUCGAUUGCUAUCAGCAUUGCACAAAUGGAAAAACGUUUACUUCAUGGCUUAAUUCAUAACAUUCUACCCUAUGUUGGCACUUCAGUAAAAACUAUAGUAUUAGCAUACAGCUCUGCAGUUUCCAGCAAAAUGGUUAGGCAGAUUUUAGAACUUUGUCCUAACUUGGAGCAUCUGGAUCUGACCCAGACUGACAUUUCAGAUUCUGCAUUUGACAGUUGGUCUUGGCUUGGUUGCUGCCAGAGUCUUCGGCAUCUUGAUCUGUCUGGUUGUGAAAAAAUCACAGAUGUGGCUUUAGAGAAGAUUUCUAGAGCCCUUGGAAUUCUGACAUCUUAUCAGAGUGGCCUUCUGAAAACUUCUACGAGCAAAAUUACUUCGACUUCAUGGAAGAAUAAAGACAUUACCAUGCAGUCCACCAAGCAAUAUGCUUGUUUGCACGAUUUAACUAACAAAGGUAUUGGAGAAGAAAUGGAUAAUGAACACCCCUGGACUAAGCCUGUUUCUUCUGAAAGUUUCACUUCUCCAUAUGUGUGGAUGUUAGAUGCUGAAGAUUUGGCUGAUAUUGAAGAUGCUGUAGAAUGGAGACAUAGAAAUGUUGAAAGUCUUUGUGUAAUGGAAACAGCAUCCAACUUUAGUUGUUCCUCCUCCGGUUGUUACAGUAAAGAUAUUGUUGGACUAAGGACUAGUGUCUGUUGGCAGCAGCAUUGUGCUUCUCCGGCCUUUGCGUAUUGUGGUCAUUCAUUUUGUUGUACAGGAACAGCUCUAAGAACUAUGUCAGCACUCCCAGAGUCUUCUGCAUUAUGUAAAAAAGCAUCAAGGACUAGAUUGCUUAGAGGAAAAGACUUAAUUUACUCUGGGAGUGAAAAAUCUGAUCAAGAGACUGGACGUGUACUUCUGUUUCUCAGUCUGUCUGGAUGUUAUCAGAUUACAGACCAUGGUCUCAGGGUUUUGACUCUGGGAGGAGGGCUGCCUUAUUUGGAGCACCUUAAUCUCUCCGGUUGUCUUACUGUAACUGGUGCAGGCCUGCAGGAUUUGGUUUCGGCAUGUCCUUCUCUAAAUGAUGAAUACUUUUACUACUGUGACAACAUUAACGGUCCUCAUGCUGAUACCGCCAGCGGAUGCCAGAAUUUGCAGUGUGGUUUUCGAGCCUGCUGCCGCUCUGGCGAAUGACCCUUGACUCCUGACUUUGUCUACUUCAUUUAGCUGAGCAGGCUUCCUUUCAUGCACUUUACUUAUAGCACAUUUCUUGUGUUAACCAUCCCUUUUUGAGUGUGACUUGUUUUGGCCCCAUUUCUUACAGUCUCAGAAAUCUUAAUUUACCAGUCAAUUGUACAGUGUUGUUUCUCUUGCAAAUCAUAUUUUUGUUUUAGAAAGGGAUUAGAUCUUUUCAUGAGGGUGAGAACAGUUUUAUCAGUUUUCUUUUAAAUGGAAUGCUUUGAAAAGAAUGUCACUAAUGCCAUGCCAUUUAAAGUAUUUUUUAGAUUGAGUUUUAAAGUCAAUGGGGAUUAUUGGUUCUCUUUAUAUAUAAACACUGUACCAAGCUUUGCAGAUCUUUUCAAACAUACAUUUUUGAAGUUUUAUUUUCAGAGAUUGCACAUUUGAAAACCAGUCUUUUUUCCAUAAUGUUUCCUUUAUUUGAACAAUUCACAGAGGGCCAAUUCAAACAUACCCACAUAUAAGGUUCUUUAAGAAAAUAGAAUAAAUUGGCUUCUUGGUGUUAGCUCAGUGAGCUGGCAAAGUACCAAUGUAUUUGUAUUUGCUUUCUUCAAAUACUCUUGGUUCCUGCCACUGUCCCUAAAUUGUCAAAUUUGGGAGGGAUUUUUAAAAAUUCCACAAUCAUUUGAAGAAAUGUAUCAAUAAAACCUACUUUGAGGACUUUACCAAAUAAA